AUGUCUACCCAUGUUCUUCUCGACUUGGGAGACUUAUCAUACCCACACUCUCUACCUGGGCUACUUCAAUGGCCUACCGAAGGACUGAUCAUUGCCACUGCGAUCAUCAUUGCAGCAGGCUAUUACGGACCAGAGAUCUACUCUCGUCCUCUGGCCGACGGUAUUGGAUACGCAGACUUGAUCGGAAACGUCACCUUCCUUGACAUCUGGGUCUUUGUCCUUCUCACCUCUUUCUUCACCGCACACUUGCCUGAGUGUGUCUAUAACGUGGUCCAGGCACGAAGACGCAACGGGUUGCCGGUGUUGCCCAUUUUCCUAGAAUGGACUUCUAUCAUCAUCUCAACUAUAUCGGCUAUAUCCUGGGUCUAUUCCCCGUAUUCCUUUAUUCUAAAGGAUAACCAUCUCGUGCUAUUCGCAGUUACCCUAUGCUUCGUCUUUGGGCGUAUGACCACCAAGAUCAUCCUCGCCCAUCUUACAAGACAGCCAUUCCCUUACUGGACUGUCCUGAUUACCCCCCUUAUUGGCGAUGCAGUCCUCGUCAACCUCCCUGCGAUCGGGCUACCAGCUGUCGGGGCUACGGUGGAACUCUGGUAUCUGUGGGGGUACCUCGCCUUCGCCUUUGCUGCAUACAUGCACUGGGCUUUAUACGUUAUUGGCCGUAUUACGGCGUUCCUGGACAUCAACUGUCUGACAAUCAAGAAGCGACGCGCAUCCUUGAAUGGGACUGCCCUUGGUGACGUCACAAACAGUAAGAUGCAAGCAGCAUUCAACAAGCCUGUUAAGUUGAACUAG